AUGUCACGUGAUAUCGUCUUGAGCUACAAGUCGCAUGAUCUCAUGGCGUUGCCUCACGUUGAGGAGCGACAGUUGGAAAUGUUUUUACCGAAAGUUAACGAGCUCAACAGGUUGGAAUUGGAUCUUCUAGAUGCACACUUGUUUGCAUUUCCUGAAGAAAUAUGUGAGACGAGCGGACUGGAGGUAUUGAAACUUUGUACAGACGACAUACACUCUAUACCCGAAGGCAUUGCCAAACUGAGGAAACUAGAAGAAAUUCAUUUGCAUACAAGUGAUUAUCACAAUUCCAGAACUUCCUACUUCUCACGGCGGCUUCCAGCCAUUGGUGUCCAGGAGGUCCCAACUGUUGUUUCUCUUCUUCCAUGUCUCAAGGUUUUGUCUGUGUGUGGUAACCGUCGCAAUCCAUUGCUGUUUGAUGAGCUAAUGUCAUGUCAACUGCCCAGUACUCUUGUGGAAGUGGAAAUGGUGGCAUGUGGUCUUACCAAGUUGAAAGAGUUAAUUUUGAGUGGGUGUAACAUACAGCAGCUGCCAGCUGAAUUGAAGGAUCUCCUUGAUCUAGAAGAGCUGGAUUUGUCAGAAAUCAAACUAGAAGUAUUUCCAACAGUUUCAUGUUUGCAGUGGAAACAUUUACAAACAUUGAAUUUAUCUGGUAACAAGAGAUUGUUGUGUCUUCCCAACAAUAUAUGGAAUGGACUGAACUUGUGGAGAUUGGAUCUAAGCAAUUGUGGUAUAGAAAGUGUACCAAAUACAGAAGUCACAAUUGAGGAAGUCGACAUAUCAGGAACUUCAGUCACUCAUCUUCCUAAGGAAUUUGUCUUUAGCUCCAAACUUGAGGAAUUGAGCGUUGAUGGAUGCCCAUUAGUGUUUCCACCCAUUGAAGUGUGCAACCAAGGCAUUCGUGUUAUAAGAGAAUAUUUCCGUGAGCUGGAUAAGGUGGGUGGAGUGCGACGUGGCAGAAUAAAGAUUCUAGUGAUGGGAACUACAAUGGCAGGAAAAACAAGCUUCGUUGAAGCACUGGAGAGUGGUAAACCAUUUCUGGCAGAAGCCGAUAAGAGAACUAUAGGGGUAGUAGAAAAAGUGAUGAAGCUGGAUGAUAAAAUAGAAUGCAAACUCCUUGACAGUGGUGGCCAUAGAGCGUACAUGCUAACUAACCAGCUGUUCAUCAGUGACAAUUCAUUGGUAUUGAUUGUUGUUGACAGCAAUCAGUAUAAGUUUACUCAACAAUGUUUUCGACAAAAUAUUGCAGAUUUCCUGCAAGUUGUGUAUGACAGAAACAGCAGAGCUCACAUUGCUAUUGUUGUGAGUAAAGUUGAUCUGAUGGUCGACACGUCAAGAGAAGAAAUGAGUAGAAAGUGGAGUGAACAUCUGCACACUCGUCUACGUCAAUUCUUGAAGAUCAGACAAGCUGAGAUUGAUCGAAUGAAACGAAUCAUUGCAACUGGUGGUUCUCCAAAGAACAAAUACGUAUCAGAACGUCUUCACUUUUUCGACUUUCAGCGAAUAACUGUUGAAGAAAAUGUGCUAUUGACGAGUGCAGCUACACACGAGGGUGUAGUCAGUGUGAAGGUUCAUUUAAGAGAACUGUGUGGUAAUGAAAGGCUGAUGCCUUCACUGCACACAGAGCUGCCGUCAUCAUGGGUAACUGUAGAAGACAAGUUGAUUACACCACAAGCUGACACGUCUGUCCCCAUUCUAGAUGUCUCUUAUGCAAUGCGACUGUGUGUAGAGCACGGACUGACAGAAGAAAGCUGUCGUGAGUUGCUAAACUACCUGAACCAGGUAGGAAGCAUUCUGUAUUACUCUCAUCACCCGACUUUAGCAGAAGUUCUCUUUCCUGUACCACCAUUUGUGAUAUAG